AGCAGGGAGCGAAGGAGGAAAAGAGUCGGGCAGCAACGUUUGCAUCUCUCAGAGGUUGAAGACCUUUUACUCUCAGAACAGCUCAAUAUGGCAGAUAAAAUCAAAGGCAAGAAGAUCAUCUUUGUUGUAGGUGGCCCUGGUUCUGGAAAAGGAACUCAGUGUGAAAAGAUUGUCCAUAAAUAUGGGUACACUCAUUUGUCGACCGGUGAUCUGCUCAGAGCAGAGGUCAGCUCAGGGUCUGAAAGAGGCAAGAAGCUUUCUGCUAUAAUGGAGAAAGGCGAGCUUGUCCCAUUGGACACAGUUUUGGACAUGCUGAAGGAUGCCAUGAUUGCCAAAGCUGAUACCUCUGCAGGUUACUUAAUUGAUGGCUACCCUCGUGAAGUUAAGCAGGGCGAGGAGUUUGAAAAGAAGAUUGGACCCCCUACUCUGCUUUUAUAUGUGGAUGCUGGCGCUGACACCAUGGUUAAAAGACUAAUGAAACGUGGCGAGACCAGUGGACGUGUGGACGACAAUGAGGAGACAAUCAAGAAAAGACUGGAUACUUACUACAAGGCUACUGAGCCAGUCAUUGCAUUUUAUGAAGGCCGUGGCAUCGUCAGAAAGAUCAACGCUGAAGGCACAGUGGACAGCGUGUUUAGCCAGGUUUCCACCGCCCUCGACGCCCUGAAGUAAAGCAGGCCCCUCGCUCCUGUAGAGACGGCUCUAGUGAAUCUGCUUCACAGACCAGGACAUGUCUCAGGCUGGAAAUGAUCCAUAAACAGAUGCUUAAAAAGACAAUCUUUGCCUUACUGCGGUCUUCACCUCUUUGUGCAUUCAAGUCUUUAAUUAAAGAAGUUGAGUGCUGCAGACACCCCGUCCAUAUGAUUGGAAUUUUAAUGUAAGAAGAUAAAAAAAGAGACUUAUUUUCAUUUAUUGUAAUUUUACCUUCUUGGCUUUGGCAUCCAAAAUAUUUAAGAGAGGAGAGUAUAAUGCGUUUUGAAACGAGUUGUUUUUGACUUUACAGUUUCACUGGUCUCUGUAACCUCAGACGAGUCAAAUUAUGUAAAAAGACUGCUGCGUUGUGACACUUUGUUGUCUCUUUCCUUCCCGGUUUUUUUUCUUCCUUGUCUGCUCUUUUCUUCCCACCUCUGCUGUCAUUAAAUGUCAUCUUCUUACC